UUCCUAACCUUAUAUCCACGUAAUUACGUGGAUUUGAUGCGAAUAGACACAGCGUUCAAAAUAUUAAGAAAUGCCAAAAGUUCGCAGAAGCAAAAAAGCACCGCCAGAAGGAUGGGAACUUAUAGAACCAACGUUAGAAGAACUAGAACAGAAGAUGCGAGAAGCUGAGACAGAGCCUCAUGAGGGAAAAAGAAAACAAGAAAGUUUGUGGCCAAUCUUCAAAAUACAUCACCAGAAAUCAAGAUACAUAUAUGACUUGUUCUUCAGACGCAAAGCUAUUAGUAGAGAAUUGUACGAUUACUGUGUAAGUGAAAAAAUUGCCGAUCCAAACCUUAUUGCAAAGUGGAAAAAAACAGGAUACGAGAAUUUGUGCUGCGUCCGCUGCAUUCAAACCAGAGACACUAACUUUGGAACGAAUUGCAUUUGUAGAGUACCAAAAAGUAAAUUAGAAGAAGGACGUAUUGUAGAGUGUAUCCACUGUGGAUGCAGAGGCUGCUCUGGUUAAAUAUAAUCUACUGAAUUUACCUUGCAAAUUAGCUGAUUUUUGUAAAUACAUAUACUUAAUGAUCUUAACUUUAUCAUACUUGGCUUAAGAAAGAAGCGUUAUAGCUUGUAAAUUUUAAUAUUUUACUACAAUAAACCUUUUUUUGAAGAUCAAA